AAAAAAUUUAAUUAUUUAAUAUAAAUUAACAUUAUUCAUAUAUUCUAAAAAAUGGAUAAAAUACUAAUUGGAACACGAUUUGAAGAAGAAGAAAUUAAAUAAAAAUAAAAUUUUUACAAUUAAAAGGCUGUUAAUGAAAAAGGACAUAAAAGGUUUCAUGGUGCAUUUACAGGAGGAUUUUCAGCGGGUUAUAAAGGAACAGUUGGGUCUGAAUAAGGUUUUGUACCUAAGACAUUCUUUUCUUCAAGAUAAAACAGAGCUAAUAAUAACAAUAAUGCUCAGUCAAUAUAAGAUUACAUGGAUGAAGAAGACUUGGGAACCCAUGUAAUAGGAGCAAAUUUGACUACCAAGUAAGACUAUGAUACUUUCAGUAAUUAAUUUGAAAAAAUGCAAACCAAGCAAUUUGGAGAAAACUUUUUUGGGGAAGUACCUUCUGAACUUCUAGUAGAAUAGAGAAAGACAAUAGGAUGGGAGAUAUUAAAUAAUAUUUAGUUUAGGAGAAAGAAAAAAGAAGCAAUUAUAAAGCAAAUUUAAGAACAAAAAAUAUAGCAAAGUGAUUAAGAUUAUUAAGAAGAUGAAGAAAUUAAUAUAGAUGACUUUGAUAAAAAUGAUGAAGACUUCACUCAAAAUAAUUCAAAGCAGACUUUUGACAAUAUGGAAAACUAUAAAAUAAAAACUAACUUUCAUGGCUUUGGUUUCAAAGAUAGCAAAGAGAAAAGCGAUAUUGAUGAGUUUGCAGAAGAAGAUUUUAAUAGGAUUAUGAAGAGAUCAUAUUUGACUUAAGAAGAGAUAGAAGAAGAGUAAGAAAAAAAGAAAUAGUCUAAUAGAAUUUAUACUGAUUUUAAGAGUGAUUACAAUUACGAUGAUGAUGAUGAAGAUGAUGUUUUUGCCAAUCAAUCUAAAAAAGCUAUUGAAUAUGAAAAUUAGGAAGUAAUCAAAUCAUAAGGUGACUCACAGAAAAUGCUGAAACAUUCAUAUAUGAAAAUGAAAGGACUAAACUUACUGUUUAUAAAAGAUUCUUAACCUUUGCAAAUAUAAUUGAAAUAAAAUAAGAUAAUCGUUCCUGAGAGCUAUAAUCCAUAUAAAAAGAUGCAGGAGUAUAUUAAGAGUGGUGGAAAAAUGAUAGAAUUCUAAAAAUAAAAGAAAAAAAUUUAAAAGUUGAAUGCAGAGCAAAGAUAGGCAAUACUCGAAGGCUAACAAGAAAUGGAUAAAAUAAAGGAAUAAAUUGAGACAAAGAAGUUUGUAAAAGCAAAAGAGGAAGAUGAGCAAGACACUAAAGAAAGCCAGCACUAAACUUAUAAAUCUUGGGAUGCUUUAAAACAACAACGUUACUAAUCUUGGGUGCAAGAAAAAGAAGGAAAAGGGAUUUUUAUUCAAGUGGCUUAACUUAUGAGCUACAAAGAUAUGAAGGCUGAACAAAAGGAAUUUUAAAAAUUAUACAAUGAAAUCCAAGAGAAAAAUCCAAACUAGAAAAAAACUGUCAUGGAUAAAAUUGAUGACCUUUAAAAAAAAUUGGAUGAAAUAAAGAAUUUUCGUACAACUAAACCGUUUUUUCCUGAUAAACUUCUCUGUAAAAGAUUUGGUGUAGUUCCACCAUACAAAGAUAAAGAGUAUUUUGAUAAGAAAAUGGAAGAAUUUAAAUAACUAUAAGAUAGAGAAAAUAUCUUACAAACAAAAGCAUUUGUAUAGGAAUCAAAAAGUAUUCAGUCUUUUGGACUACCUACUGAAUUUAAAUCAAAUAAAUAUGGUUUGAUCUCAUAUAAAGAUGAAAAUGAUAUGGACUUAGAUGAAGAUUUCGAGUAAGACACUCGAGGAAAAAAUAAUAAAAAAGAAAAUAAGUUUGAAGAAAAUAAUUUUAUGUACGAUGUUUCAAAAUCCUACUUAGAUAAAAAGUAAUAAAGAGACUCAGAAAUUUAAGAAAACAAAAAAAUCAUUGAAGAAAUGGAAUUGGAUUAAAAAGAAAUUAUUAAAGAAAAGCCUCCAAUUUAGUUAUUUUAAUCAAUAUUUGGAGAUGAAAAUGAUGAUGAAGAAGAAGAUGGAGAAUAAGAAUAAGAGAAAGAUGCAAAAUGA